UAAAAUCUUAGACAAGAAUCUCGUGCCAAGGCUCUGCGGUCUGCAAGGUCUGGGCAUGGGACGAGAAGCUGCAAGAAUGCGACCGGCGGUUUUUUACCUAAAAAUUCAAAAUGGCCGCUAAACGAAAGCUCGAGAACACGGAUGAUAGCGAUAGAAAUUCGUCAAAUAUACAACACAAGAGACAUGAAACUACAACCACACAUGAAGUAACGACUAAUUACAGUACACAGGCUGGCUAUAGCUCACAAUGGUACGAGCAGCGUGGCCCAUGGAUAGCUUUAUAUGACUGGAACAGCGGACUCUACUAUUAUCAAAAUGUCAGCGAUUAUCGAACACAGUGGGAAAAACCAGCUGAAUGGGAUUCCAUUCAUCCAUUGUUCAUUCCUGCAAACCAAUUUAAUCAUGGGUCUCAUAAUGAAUCAGUAAAUACCAGCGAUUUUAAUGAGGAAGAGAACUUCAAACGAUCUGCUGCUGAUGUGGAAGCUAAGGUUAAGAGACUUCUCACUCGACCAGCUCGCAGACAAAUAGAUCCCGAGGAAAGAGAAAAGUUGCACUGGAUUCCUGAGGGGACCACGGAAUACAACAUAUGGUACGAUCGCUGGGUGGGAGAACACUGGUGGGAGAAUAAAGACCACGGACCUUCAGAGACAAAGUGCUACAUUGAAACAGAUGCAGGGUUUACCAAGGCUAACAUUUAUGACCCUGGUGGAAACAAACAUUAUUACUGCAUCUACUUUGCCAGAGGCUGUUGCCAUUUGGGGUCUGAAUGUGGAUAUUUACAUGUAAUACCGACUGAUAAAGAUGAAAAAAGAAUUGACCUUGCUCAUGAUGUUUUUGGCCGAGAACGUCACCGUCUACACAAGGAUGACAUGGGAGGAAUUGGAACUUUUGACAAAGAAUGCAGAACUCUUUAUGUUGGAGGGCUGGGUAAUCGAUCAACACUGGAAAAACUACUCUGGAUUGAAUUUGGCGAGUGGGGUGAAAUUGAGGAUAUAAGAAUAAUACCAAAACGCAACAUAGCUUUUGUACGCUACAAGAAUAGAGUGAAUGCUGAAUUUGCAAAGAUUGCAAUGUCAGACCAAAAGUUGGACAACAGAGAGUUGCUCAACGUCAGAUGGGCUUUUGAUGACCCUAAUCCAAAAUCAAGGAAAGAGGUGAACAGAUUUCUUUUCUGCGUAACAAUAUUGGAUUUUGGUCAACCCAAUCUUGAGAGAUGUCUCCUGUCUGGUCUAAGAGUUUGCCUACAUGUAUUUGACUUGAGGAUGGUUCAUUAAGUUGUCAUCCACCACCUGAUGAGUUUCUUUAUUCUCAUUACCUGUGUGCUUAACAUUGUAUUGACAAAUAAAGUAACAAGAGAUUAGAUCUCAAUAAUUUGCUGGCCUUUGCCCAUUCAAAACGUUUCCCAAAACAAUACAUGUACCUCUGAAAUAGUACUACACUUAUUAGAGGUUGUAAUCUACUU